AUGUUGGGCAUUGUCAAAUGCAUCUGGUGGAGAGGGGCAAAUGCAUGCUUUGCUGGGCCUCUCAACACAAAUUUACCAGAUGUGCUAUUGCAGGUCACCCUCCCUGGCAAGACCAGUCUGGAUUACUACAGGAACGACAGCACGGUGCUGUUCCUGUGUGGAAACCCAGUGAACAACACAGACUUUAUGUGCGACAAGGGGCAGGUCAGGCAGUUCUCUCAAGCCUUCCUGCCUGUGUUUUUCUGGUUUAUCUUCACUGUGGGCACAGUGGGAAAUGCCUUGGUCGUGCUUGUCUAUUGCAAAUACCACUUCAGGAGAAGCAUGAUGGAUCGGUACCUGCUGCACCUGGCCAUUGCAGACCUGCUGCUCCUUUUCACCCUCCCUUUCUGGGCCAAGGCUGCUUCUGGUGGCUGGAUCUUCAAGGGCUUCAUGUGCAAAGCCGUCAACAGUAUGUAUAAGAUCAACUUCUAUGGCUGCAGCUUGCUUCUGACCUGCAUCAGCUUUGACAGGUACAUCACUAUUGUCCAGGCGAUGAAAGCUAAAACUUCUAAGCGAAGGUGGCUCCUGCGCAGCAACCUCAUGUGCUUGGCUGUCUGGCUGACAGCGAUGGGCCUGUGCAUCCCAGAAAUCAUAUACAGCCAAACCAUGCAGGUGGGUGACAUAACAGUUUGCAAAAUUACAUACCCCCCGAACGUCAGCAGGAUCUUCAGGGUUACUGUCCUGGUCUUGAAAGUCACAAUUGGGUUCUUCUUCCCGCUCCUUGUCAUGGUUAUUUGUUAUGCCCUCAUCAUCAAGACCCUCCUACAAGCCAAAAGAUCCCAAAAACAGAAGUCGCUGAAGAUCAUCACCAUGAUCAUCACGGCUUUCCUCCUCUCUCAGUUCCCCUACAAUAUUGUUUUGCUGGUCAAAGCCAUCAGCACCUACACCGGGGCAGUGUACAGCUGUCAGGCUGCCGACCGGCUGGACAUCGGGCUGCAGGUCACCCAGAGCAUCGCCUUCCUCCACAGCUGCCUCAACCCCUUCCUCUACGCCUUUGCUGGUCAGCGCUUCAGGAUGGCGCUGGGCAGGAUGGUGCAAAGCAGUGGCUGCUGCCGAAGCAGGGACCAAAAGCAGUUCUCCCCUGCCUGCGACAGCCAGGAGCACAGCUCAAACUGGUCCAUUGGCAUGCUGGGGAGGCAGCGGGUGAGGAACUCCCUGAUCCUUAGCACUCACUUGACCUCCUCUGUUAUAUCCCCUCCUUGCAAAGUCCUCUUGUAAGUUAGUCCUUACUCUCUCCUCUCCAGAGGAACACGAAACUCUUUGGAAACCACCUGUGUACUCAAAGACUGUCCCAGAGGAGCAGAAAGGGUUGGUGGCCUCGUCCUUGACGUGUGCGACCCAACCGAGUGUUGCUCGCUGAAAGGAUAGGAAACCUUUGGCAGAGGGCAGCAAAGUGGAACCAUGCUUGCCAUGAGCAGAACUGACAGAGGACAAAAGCUAUCUUUGUGACAGCUGUAAAUAGCUGGCCCAUCUGCAGCUCAGACCACAGCCUGAAAUAACAAGUCUUACAGGGAGGUGAUAAACCUAGUUAUGGCAGCAACAGAGGCAGAUAAAGCAGGAUGAACCAC